GAGUCCCGCCGUGUGGAGGGCGGCUGUCGCUCCGCUCCCCCGCUCUGUGCCGGAGAGAGAGAGAGAGAUAACGAAACUACAGAAAAUCGGGGCCGUUUUAAAAGAGAGAUCCGACUCAAACUUCUCGUCUUUUGAAGGAGGGAUGAUGACAGCGGGAGAGAGUGAAGCCGGAGUGGGGAGCGAGGAGAAGAACAUUAGCUUCAUCAUCAGCCAGCUGCGAGAGAUCACAGGGAUUCACGACAAUCGACUACUGCAGAAGGCACUCCGGGUCAGCAACAGGGACAUUAAUCAGGCAGUGAGCUUCCUCACUGACGAAAGUGCCAGAGAACCCAGUUACAAUGCAAUAGCCAAUGAGCCAGACAACGAGUCCAGCAGAGCGACAGCCAAUCAAACACGUAGAAGUGUCAUUGACCUCGCUAACAAUGAGAAAGCAGACCUUCAGAAGGCAAUUGCGCUGAGCCUGAGAGAAAGCGAGAAGCUACAGGAAGAAGCCGAAGUUGCUGGGGAGAAUCUGGAGGCUAACCAAGUAGGUGAAACAAACACCACUGAGAGUAAAGUUGGAUUAAAAAGGAAGAGGUGUGAAGUCUGGGGGGACUCCCCCAACCCACAUGAUCGGAAACGUGAGGAUAACUGGCCAGUGGGACUGAAGAAUGUUGGAAACACCUGCUGGUUCAGUGCAGUAAUACAGUCCCUGUUCCAACUGCCUAGGUUUCGACAGCUGGUUCUCAACUACACAGUGCCUAAAAAUCCACAUGAAAACUGCAGAAGCCACGCUGAGCAGCGAAACUUGGCGUUUAUGCAAGAACUGAGGUGCCUUUUUGCCUUGAUGGUCGCCUCUAUGCGGAAGUACAUUGACCCAUCAAAUGCAGUCGACCUCCUCAAGGACGCGUUUCGAUCAAGUGAAGCACAGCAGGAUGUAAGUGAAUUUACCCACAAACUCCUGGACUGGUUGGAGGAUGCAUUCCAAAUGGCAGCAAAUACAAAAAAUUCGAGUAAAAAGUCACAAAACCCAAUGGUGGAACUCUUCUAUGGAACGUUCUUGGCAGAAGGCAUUCAUGACGGCAAAAUGUUCUCUAACAUUGAAACAUUCGGACAGUAUCCUCUGCAGGUUAAUGGUUUUGACGACCUCCACCAGUGUCUGGAGGGGGCCAUGGUGGUUGGGGAGAUAGAGACACUGCAGUCGGAUCAGUCAGUCACAUCUGGUCAAGAGAACUGGUUUACAAAACUACCUCCUGUAUUAACUUUUGAACUGUCCAGAUUUGAGUUUAAUCAGUCUUUGGGUAGACCUGAAAAAAUUCACAAGAGACUGGAAUUUCCUCACAUCAUUUACCUGGACAGGUAUCUACACAAGAACAAGGAACUCACACGCAGUAGAAGGGAGGAAGUGAAGAGGCUGAAGGAACAGUCAACUGUCCUACAGCAGCGAUUGGAGAGGUAUAUGCAUUAUGGAUCUGGUCCUGAACGUUACCCUUUAACUGAUAUGUUACAAUAUGUCUGGGAGUUUACCAAGACCAAACCAUCAUCUGUGUCCCCCACACAGGAUGUUGUAGGCACACCACCACCAAGGUCUCAGCCUAAUACUAAUUCAGCAUCGGCAAUGCAAAUCAGCUCCUCAGAAUUGCCAAUUGCCAAGAUACCUGAGACUCCAAGUCCGCUGAACACCCCCCAAGCACAGCAUGCGGCUGUGCACAAGCCCUUCACCCAAAGCAGGCCCCCCAUGGAAAUGCCAGCUCAUCCAGCACCUCGACACAUCACAGCUGAGGAGCUCAUGUUUUUUGAGAGCUGCCUUCAGCGCUGGAGGGCAGAGGUUGAACAGGACAUUGCAGAUCUAAAGGACAGCAUCACGCAGAUCACGCAGUCGAUUGAUCAGAUGUACAUGGACAGCUCAAUGUGUCAGGUUCCUUAUCGGCUUCAUGCAGUGCUUGUACAUGAAGGUCAGGCUUCAGCUGGCCAUUAUUGGGCCUACACCUUUGACCACAGCCAGAACAUGUGGCUCAAGUACAAUGAUGUCUCUGUCGCAGAAUCAUCAUGGGAGGAACUGCAGCGCGAUUCAUAUGGAGGGUCACGCAAUGCCAGCGCGUACUGUCUAAUGUACAUCAAUGAUAACAUACCACAGCUCAUUGCAGAAGGGACUGAUGCUGAAACUGGACAGAUUUUGGAAGCCAUCCACACCCUUCCCCCUGAACUCAGGCAGUACGUUUGUGAAGACAAUCAGCACUUUAUGCAGGAACUUGAGGAGUGGAAUGAGGAGCAGGUCCGAAAGAUUCCACAAAAGGAGCUUGUUCCCACAGCAGAAGUACAGGAGCCUGCGGUCACACUUACAAAAGAACAGACUGUGGCAUGUCAACAGAAUACAUGCUCUGCUUCAGCCAAGCAUGCCAUUUUGGUGAAGGAGCAGACUGCCCAGGCAAUUGAGAAAGCUGCUACCUCCUAUGAGAAUGCCGGAGCAGAAGCUGCUUUGAAGGAGCCAAGUACAGAGCAGGAAACCAAAGAAACAGGAGAGAAGACAGAACUGGAGCCUGAGUCCAAGCCUGACCCCGAGCCCAAGGCUGAGGCUGAGGUGGAGACCGAGGCUGAGGCUGAACCUGAACUUGAGCCCGAACCAAAACAAGAGCCAACCAGAGAACAAGAACAGCCUGAAAGCACUGGUACCCAGAUCUCCGAGGUGGAGAUCCCUAAUGUUGGAAAGGUUAUGGUUCGACAUGAUGCCGAUGGCUACAAUGAAGAGGAAAUGUUAAGUCCGGCUAUGCAAGGCAUCAUUCUGGCUAUUGUCAAGUCCAGAGAAGUCUAUGAUCGGGAUGGUGCUGAGGCAGGGCUAAUAAAGGCAUUCCAUGAAGAGUACUCACGGCUGUUUGACUUGGCCAAGGACAAGCCAACACCUCAGAAUGAUCCUCGGCUCCAGCACGUUCUCGUUUACUUCUUUCAGAACAAAGCUUCCAAACGGGUGAUCGAGCGGACACUUCUGGAACAGUUUGCAGAUAAAAACCUCAGCUACGAUGAAAGGUCUAUAAGUAUAAUGAAGGUGGCACAAUCAAAGCUGAAGCUCAUUGGACCCUCAGAUAUGGACAUGCAGGAAUACAAGGAAUGGCAUGAGGACUACAGUUUGUUCCGGAAGGUUUCUGUCUAUCUCCUUACUGGACUGGAGUGCUAUCAAAAUGGCAAAUGCCGUGAAUCUUUGACUUAUUUGGUCCACGCAUACCACAGCAACUUGAAGCUACUGAAGAAUGGAAAGAACAGAGGAAUUGAUGAGACACUAAUUGCAUAUUACAGAAGAAAAUGCCUUCUGGAGCUGAAUGCCUGUGCAGCCGACCUAUUUGAAAGUGGCGAUGAAAAUAGUGUAGCAGAAGGGUUGAGCAUAAUGAAUGAGCUGGUCAUUCCUUGCAUGCACCUGAUUGUCACCAAUGAGCUCUCCAAAGAAGACCUGGCUGCGGUGGAGAUGAUGAGAAACCACUGGUGUUCCUACCUCGGUGAAGACAUGGAUUCCCGACUGCAGGAGAAACUCACCGAAUUCCUCCCAAGGCUUUUGGACUGUUCUGCUGAGGUUCGAAUCCUAAGAGAACCGCCGAAGAUUCGUCCAAAUUCGCCCCAUGACCUGUGUAACAGGUUUGCUGCAGUCAUGGAGUCAAUUCACAGCACGUCGCCUGUUACAGUCAAAUAGCUACUCCACCAGAUAAGAACGCCAGACUGGAAUUUUAAACACUGGACCCAUUGAAUUGUGUAGUCUUUAUGUACCAAAGCCCUUCUCAAGCACUGAUCCUGCAGUAAAUUGUCAAUCACUGUUAUCUGUUACAUCAGGACAGGGGGUGGGAGGGUGAGACUAGUAAUGGUUCGAUGAAAUAUAGCGUGCCUUCAUUUUCAUGUGACUUCUUCUUUUGUAUUUGUUGUGCAAUAAAUGUGUCUUCUGUUUUAUUUCCCA